AUGCUUUCACUUUUUUCUCAACCUUUUCCUUCUUCUUCUUCUUCUAGAUGCACCACCACCUUCAAACUCAAACCUCUCACCGUUUCUUCUUCUUCUUCUUCUUCUCAACCAUUCCCUCCUUUUCUUCCUAAACAAAUUCACACUAUCAAAGAUCCUUUUGCUAGAAAAUUUGCAAUGCGGAUUCAAAGAUUACCUGUCCCUGUUAGCUUUGCAGAAAGCCCAAUCAUGAGUAGUUGUGUGAAGCCGUUGGUGCAGAGCAAGGAGCCGCCGAUUGUUCUUCUACAUGGUUUUGAUAGUUCGUGUUUAGAAUGGAGAUAUGGAUACCCAUUGCUUGAAGAAUCUGGUUUCGAGACCUGGGCAGUCGAUAUUCUUGGUUGGGGUUUCUCUGAUUUAGAAAAUCUUCCUCCUUGUGACGUGGUAUCAAAGCGCAAUCACUUCUAUCAGUUUUGGAAGUCCUACAUCAGAAGGCCAAUGAUAUUAGUUGGACCAAGCCUUGGCUCUGCUGUUGCAAUUGAUUUUGCGGUUAAUUAUCCAGAAGCUGUGGAAAAACUUAUUUUGAUUGAUGCUAGUGUAUAUGCAGAGGGAACUGGAAACUUAGCAACCUUACCUAGAUCGGUAGCCUAUGCUGGGGUAUAUUUAUUGAAGAGCCUUCCGUUGCGCUUAUAUGCCAACUAUUUAACCUUCACUAACAUGCCCUUACACACCAUUCUUGAUGGGACUAAUGUGGGCCGUUUACAUUGCUUAUUGCCUUGGUGGGAUGAUGCUACUGUUGAUUUUAUGACUAGUGGCGGUUACAAAAUUGCUUCCCUCAUAAGAAAGGUAAAGCAGAAAACACUGAUAAUAUGGGGUGAAAAUGACCGUAUAGUCAGCAAUAAGCUUGCAGUGCAACUACACUGUGAAUUACCUGAUGCAGUUCUUCGUCAAAUACCCGAUUGUGGGCAUAUUCCUCAUUUGGAAAGACCUGAUUCAGCUAUAAAAUUAAUUGUUGAGUUUAUUCAAACAGAGAAAAAGAAAUUAAGUAAACUUGUUUCACAAGUAAGCCAAGUGAGUUAA